GUGAAAGCCGCGUCACUAUUGGCUGAGAGCUGCCAUCCCUUUGAGACCGGAGGCCCCAUUGGCUGGUGCUCAGCGAGACACUCACGCGCACAAUAUCUUCCUUCUUUUGUUAUUGUACGGAGCGCGAGGGUAGGCUUUUGGGCGCUAGCAGGAUGCACGAGCGGAGACAGCGAGGCUGAUAGUCAUAUCGACAGGGAUAGAAGCCGAUAGCCCCUUAGGGGAGGAAGGAAAAUCGGAUUACUAGCUACCUCAGUGCACCACAUUCUUCACUACUUCACUUCUAAUCCCUCAAUACUCCGGCUGAUGUCAUCAUGUCGGUAAACGCCCCCAGCAGCAAUGACGCCUGCCUGAGCAUCGUGCACAGCCUCAUGUGCCACCGGCAGGGUGGUGAGAAUGAGGGUUUCGCCAAGCGUGCCAUCGAGAGCCUGGUGAAGAAGCUCAAGGAGAAGAAGGACGAGCUGGACUCGCUCAUCACCGCCAUCACCACCAACGGUGUGCACCCCAGCAAGUGUGUCACCAUCCAGAGGACCCUGGAUGGACGCCUGCAGGUUGCAGGGAGGAAAGGCUUCCCCCAUGUGAUCUACGCUCGACUAUGGCGCUGGCCAGACCUACACAAGAAUGAGCUAAAGCACGUCAAGUUCUGCCAAUACGCCUUCGACCUCAAAUAUGACAAUGUGUGUGUCAACCCCUACCACUAUGAGAGAGUGGUUUCGCCCGGCAUUGUUGGUCUCAGUCUCCAAAAUACAGCCCUCUCUCCUCUAGGCCCCCCUGGGAGGCUGAUCAAGGAGGAGUACAUUCAUGACUGUAUCCAGAUGGAUAUGCCACCAGGCAUGUCCCCGUCGGACCACCCCCACCCAGGGGUGCUCAAGCUACAGCCUCCGGACCACUAUGGCCAGCCUCUCCCGCCUCUGCAGCUCCCGCCGGAACCGCAGCGGGCCCCUCCGCCCAUCACCCUCUACCCCAACAUGCCCCUCUCGCCCACAGUGUCUGGCUCUAUGCUGCCUCUCCAGGGAGGUCACAGUGAGGGGCUCCUACAGAUAGCCUCCCCUCUGGGUCAGGUCAUGACCACUAUGACCCCCACGCCGCCCCCCUCCACCCCAACACACGGGCUGCCACACGGGCCACCACAGAACCCCCAGCCCCUGCCUGGUCAGAAUGGAUACAACAGCUCCAAACACACACAGUCACAGGCUGCGUUCCACACAACUUGGACAGGUACUAGCACAGCCUCCUACACUCCUGUGGGACCACAACAACAGAAUGGGCGUGGCCACCAACAGCCUCCUCUCCACCAUCCAACCAGCUUCUGUAAGUUAAGCAGUUACAGGUCUCAGCAUCAUGGCUCAGCCUCAUUUCCUCCCCCUGUGUCCAAUCAUCCAGGGCCAGAGUUCUGGUGCUCCAUCUCCUACUUUGAAAUGGAUGUCCAGGUGGGGGAGAUGUUCAAGGUGCCGGCUAGCUGCCCGGUGGUGACGGUGGACGGCUACGUGGACCCCUCAGGGGGUGACCGCUUCUGUUUGGGCCAGCUCAGCAACGUCCACCGCACCGACGCCAGCGAGAGAGCCAGGUUGCACAUAGGUAAAGGAGUGCAGCUGGAGUGUCGUGGCGAGGGAGACGUGUGGAUGCGCUGUAUGAGCGACCACGCCGUGUUCGUGCAGAGCUACUACUUGGAUCGAGAGGCAGGCAGAGCGCCAGGCGACGCAGUACACAAGAUCUACCCCGGCGCCUACAUCAAGGUGUUUGACCUGAGACAGUGUCACAGGCAAAUGCAGCAGCAGGCAGCUACAGCGCAGGCAGCGGCAGCAGCUCAGGCUGCCGCUGUGGCAGGCAACAUCCCUGGGCCAGGCAGCGUUGGAGGCAUAGCACCUGCAGUCAGUCUUUCUGCAGCAGCAGGGAUAGGUGUGGACGACCUCCGGAGGCUGUGUAUCCUGCGGCUGAGCUUUGUGAAGGGCUGGGGGCCCGACUACCCCCGGCAGAGCAUCAAAGAUACCCCCUGUUGGGUGGAGGUACACCUGCACCGGGCUCUGCAGCUGCUGGACGAGGUACUACACACCAUGCCCUUGGCCGACCCAGGACCCGCUAACUGAGUAAAAGGAAAGAGGAUCAGUUAAAAAUCCAUACUGGGUUAAAAACAUACAAACACACACACACACACACACACACACACACACACACACACACACACACACACACACACACACACACACACACACACACACACACACACACACACUGAUUCCCCCUCUUGACGAUACAUAUUUAAGCAAUAAGGCCCGAGGAAGUGUGGUAUAUUGCCCAUAUAUCACAAACCCCCGAGGUGCCUUAUUGUUAUUAUAAACUGGUUACCAAUGUAAUUAUAGCAGUAAAAAUGUAUAUUUUUGUCAUACCAGUGGUAUGCUGUCAGCCAAUCAGCAUUCAGGGCUCGAACCACCCAGUUUAUAAAGACUGAUACAGAUUGAUACAUGCACACACAACCACAUACAUGUUUUCGUUCUAUUUAACGCACACAAUGUAGAGCCACUCAAAGCCCCACAAAGGCUAACCUCAAUCUCGCCGUCACACACAGACACACACACAAGCAGCCAACAAUCACUGCACUCUCCUUAACCACUUGUACUGACUCCCACACACCCAUGCAACCACUAACCAAACCUGUGGGCAUGCAGAUAUAAAACUACUGAUGUCCUGAACAUACUUUCCAUGUUUUGUGAACAUUAAUUAUUUUUUCACAGCACAAACACCACAAAGCAGCCUUGACCCCUGAAUUACCUUUCAUAGAGGUUCUUUAUUAUAGUAUAAACAGGUAACUUUAGUGAAAAUGUAUACUGAGUAAUUUAUGUUUAUUCUUCUAUUCUCUACAGAAAUAGAAAUGCAAUGUAGAAAACUAGGAAUGUUUUUCAGAGAUCCAGUGUUCUGACAUGAUACAAGCACUUUGGUACGGUACUCCUCAAAUGCACACACAAUCCACACUUACUUAUUUCCUGCUUACAUGUAUACACACACACACACACACACACACACACACACACACACACACACACACACACACACACACACACACACACACACACACACACACACACACACACACACACACACACACACACAUCAGAAAUCCAAAGAUGACCCAAACCCAGGAGGACUACAGAUCUUGACCUAAAUAACUCAUGAACAAUAUGAACUGGUCAAACACAAAUCUCACACUACAAAAUCAGAUUUGGAGUCCGAUGUUAACCUAGAAGAUGUACAGAGUUUUUGGUAAAUCCAGACCAAUAGAACAGAUGCUUUAUAUCGGUGAUUAGAACCUGGGUCACAGAACCAAGAUGUCUCGGAACUGUGAAGAACACCAGAGUGAUGGAACCAGCGUCCUAAUUAAUCUAGCCAGCCAUCCUUUUGUCAUCUCUGUGUGUGUGUUGUGUUCUCCUGUGUGUGGGUAUCAACUCAAAUAGUUAGUCAUUCUUAUCUUGUUAGCCCUAUAAUAACACAGGGCACUUUUCUCAAGCUAAUUUAUUUUCUUACCAAAAGACAAAAAAAGCCAAAAAAAAUGUAAGCUUUAAAAUAGUGGUGUGGGUAUUUGUGAUGAAGCAGUACAGUGUAUGUAACCAAACAGUUUGCCAUUCGGCGGAACUCACCAAAGCCAGAAUACCUCAUGAUAACAGUGUAAACCCACAGUUUGUCUUUCAGCCAAAACCUCAGACGCUCAGCAUUUUCUCUUGUAAGUUCCCCCUUAAAGCGUCCGCAUGCUUCCCAGCCGAAACAAUUUGUAAGAGUUUGUGAUAUUAUGACAACAUUUUGUGAGGUUUUUGUUUGUUUUGGACUUCGGUAAAGAGUCUUUUCAGCUGUUCGGGCACACAAAUGUUUUUCUCGAGGCCAGCCGAUGUUUGGGAGCCGAAGUCUACACCCCUUCGUCCGUAAUUAGUCAACUGUGGGGAUUCUUCAAUAAAGUCUUUGGGUGUGUUUGUAAAUUGCCUUCAGUGUGUCAGAGUGUGCUCUGGGUCGUUCAUAAAUUCAGAGCAUUUCACUCUCGGAGUGUUCAGAGCGCACACUGGAUGCUCUGGCCGAGGAGUAGGGUUGACCCGAGUGUUCUGACCUCAACGGCAGUCAAGCACCCAAGCUAACUGGCUAAAGUUGGUUAGUUUGCUAGCUACUUGCAGACACAAAUGAGCGAACACGUCACUCUGACCAUUUUACUCACCCUAGCAGAGCUGGUUAGGCUGUUUUCAUGUUAUCUAGAGUGUUAGUAACUUUAACUGUGCUGCUGGCAACAAUUAAAUUCAGUUUAUUUGCAGACGUUUACUGACACUGGUCAUAUUCAUUGGGUGUUGCACAUUUGUAAAUUCAUCAGUUAUUCUGUGCUCUGGCACACUCAGACAAGAGUGCUCUGAAAUUGGCGUAAAUAGCCAGAGUAAAUUUACGAACAUGGUUGUCACUCAAUGAGAGACGACUUGUUUUCAUGCAAAAUGUUUAAUUGAGAAAUACUGCACCUUAGUUAGAUGUAAAAUUACGCGACUAAGAUCUCCCCUGCAAAAACGUCUAAAUGAAUGACAGAUUUCUUGAGUUAUCUUAGAUUCGUUCUGACUUUUGAGGAAGUGUAUCUGGACAAACAGUACUAUUGACACUUUUUUCUCGUUUUUCAAGGGAGUAUGCGAGCACACUCUUUCGGUUCACCUAGCCGACUUUGGCUAGCCGUCAGCCGAACUGAAGCAUGCUGAUGCCUUUACAGCCUCAUAUCACACUAUGCCUUUCACCAAAUAAAUAUAAAAUGGAUUAUGGAGUGGACCCACAAUGAAGCCUUGGGGAACACCAAGACAUGAUCCAGGCAGUUAUACAGUAGUUAUUAGUCUUUAAAAGUUGAAAUCCAGUGACUCGUGGGAAUAAUCCUUUGAGAAGAGACCCAACACAACUUUUAAAAAUAUAAUUCUAAUAGGAUGCCCCAACUUUGGAUACAAUGAUUAAUUCUCAGUCAGUUUAAAUUAGGCCAUAAUAAUAUCACUUAUACUGCGACAAAACAUUAAGAACACCUUCCUAAUAUUGAGUUGCACCCCCCCCCCCCCACACACACACACACUUAUGCCCUCAGAACAGCCUUAACUCAUACGGACAUUAACUCUACAAGAUGUCAAAAGUGUUCCACAGGGAUGCUGGCCCAUAUUGAUUCCAAUGCUUCCCUCAGUUGAUGUCUUUUGGGUGGUGGACCAUUAUUGAUACGCACAGUAAAUUGCAGGUGUCCUUAAUGUUUUGUACACUCGGUGUAGGUCACUUUGGAUAAACUGUAAAAUGAUAAAAUGUAUCUUUGGAAUGGAAGAUGACUUUCCUUUGCAUUCAUUUAAGUCAGGUCAUCUUGGUAAUGAUCAACCUCAAGCCUACUGAAGUGAAGUUAUGACCGAUGUUCUAACAUUGAUGCAUAAUACGACAUGCAAGCUAAUCAUUUAAGACAGCAGCCGGAAGUAGGCUAUGCUUCAUGAUUUUGCGUUGAAAAACCUGGACUGAAUGCAAACCUUCACUCCGUCCAGGGGAAGGAACAUGAGUGUUUUUAUUGGCUCCUUCCUGUGCUCUGCUGCAUUUGAUACAUGUGCCUUUCCGUUCUCCAAGUCAGGCUGUUUAGGGAUGUACUUCACAGAUGCUAGGGUUUAUGUCAUUCAUAAGUGUGACAUCUGCAAAGCAUGACCAUUUCCUCCAGAUGGACUGUGAUUUCUAUUCAGCCGACAUGUUGGCCACAUACCCUAUGCUCAAGGUCAAAAAGGUAAAUUCUUUCCCCCAUAGUUAUCAAACCAGAGGUGUCCAUUUAUAAUCACUGUUUGUGAUUUGUGCUUUUAGUUUUAGUCAAAGUAGAUGACACCCCUCACAGUGGAUUGUAACACAGACAAUACUUUGUCUUCCUUUGUCUGUAGAUAUAUAGUACCAUGAUAUAUGGGUUGUGAUCUCGAUAGGUUUAUCCCUUCUGUUGAGUGUGUUGGUUGGAUGGGAAAUGGAAAAUAACACAGCUCAAGUGCUUUGUACACGUCACUGAGUUUUGCUGAUCAAUUUGGGCAAUGCAGCAAUAAGAAGUGAAACGUGUUGAGCUCAACAGCCCCUGAGUUAGAUUGAGCACAACAUAUAGUGGUUCCCUCAGGUACUGUGUUACAGCCCCAUUGUAAACUUGCUGCCCUUUGAAACUGUGCAUGCACUCCACACACCUGUCACAAUUGAUUUCAUUAUUUGUCACUUAGGCUCCACUUGUCUGGGAGUGUUAAGUAUUCAGGGAUGAAGAGAGGUUUAAAACUAUUAUUGCUCCAUCUAUGGCUCUGUUUAUCAUAGUGCUAUAUCUACCCGACUACAUCUCCGCUCAACCAAUGCUUUAACCAUUGAGAAUAGGGUUUCAAAGCUACCAGUAGUUUACCAAAGUUACCAGAAUCCUUAGUAAUUUUGGUAAUUAACAGAAAAUCUAUGGCAAUCUAUUGUAACUUUGGUAAUUUAUACUUGAAUAACUUUAAAAAAAUGUAUUCAUAUAUAGUAUUCCUGUUUUUUUCCAUCUGUAUCCAUGUUGCCCAUGAUUUCUAGUAGAUAGACCAUACGGUUCAAGAGAAAAUAGUCUAAUUAAUGAAAAAAUCAUGUAAUCAACAAUGGCAUUUAGAUUUAACUCUGCAACUUUUUUUUUUUUACAACUGCCACCAGUUUGAUGCCAAAACAUUGACAACAAAUACAUAUUGACAUAGUAAAAAAAAUAUAUAUAUAUAUAUAUAUAUACACUACCAGUAAAAAGUUUUAGAACACCUACUCAUUCAAGGGUUUUUCUUAAUUUUUUACAUUGUAGAAUAAUUGUGAAGACAUCAAAACUAUUAAAUAACAAAUAUGGAAUCAUGUAGUAACCAAAAAAGUGUUAAAAGGCAUGAAAAUAUAUUUGAUAUUCUCAAAUAGUCACCCUUUGCCUUGAUGACAGCUUUGCACACUCUUGGCAUUCUCUCAAACAGCUUCACCUAGAAUGCCUUUCCAACGGUCUUCAAGGAGUUCCCACAUAUGCUGAGCACUUGUUGGCUGCUUUUCCUUCACUCUGCGGUCUGACUCAUCCCAAACCAUCUCAAUUGGUUGAGGUCGGGGGAUUGUGGAGGCCAGGUCAUCUGAUGCAGCACUCCAUCAUUCUCCUUCUUGGUAAAAUAGCUCUUACACAGCCUGGAGGUGUGUUGGGUCAUUGUCCUAUUGAAAAACAAAAAUAAUCCCACUAAGCUCAAAGCAGAUGGGAUGGCGUAUCACUGCAGAAUGCUGUGGUAGACAUGCUGAUUAAGUGUGCCUUGAAUUCUAAAUAAAUCACAGACAGUGUCACCAGCAAAGCACCCUCACACCAUCACACCUCCUCCUCCAUGCUUUAGGGUGGGAAAUACACAUGCAGAGAUCAUCCAUUCACCCACACCGCGUUUCACAAAGACAUGGCGGUUGGAACCAAAAAUCUCCAAUUUGGACUCCAGACCAAAGAACAAAUUUCCACCGGUCUAAUGUCCAUUGCUCGUGUUUCUUGGCCCAAGCAAGGCUCUUCUUCUUAUUGGUGUCCUUUAGUAGUGGUUUCUUUGCAGCAAUUUGACCAUGAAAGCCUGAUUCACACAGUCUCCUCUGAGUAGUUGAUGUUGAGAUGUGUCUGUUACUUGAACUCUGUGAAGCAUUUAUUUGGGCUGCAAUUUCUAAGGCUGGUAACUCUAAUUAACUUAUCAUAUGCAGCAGAGGUAACUCUGGGUCUUCCAUUCCCAUGGCGGUCCUCAUGAGAGCCAGUUUCAUCAUAGCACGUGAUGGUUUUUGCGACUGCACUUGAAGAAACGUUCAAAGUUAUUGACAUUCUCUGUAUUGACUGACCUUCCCAGAGUCGCCUCUUCACUUUUGACGUUGAGACUGGGGUUUUUCGGGUACUAUUUAAUGAAGCUGCCAGUUGAUGACUUGUGAGGCGUCUGUUUCUCAAACUAGACACUAUAAUUUACUUGUCCAGUUGUGCACCGGGACCUCCCACUCCUCUUUCUAUUCUGGUUAGUGCCAGUUUGCGCUGUUCUGUGAAGGGAGUAGUACACAGCGUUGUACAGGAUCUUCAGUUUCUUGGCAAUUUCUCGCAUGGAAUAGCCUUCAUUUCUUAGAACAAGAAUAGACUGACGAGUUUCAGAAGAAAGGUCUUUGUUUCUGGCCAUUUGAGCCUGUAAUCGAACCCACAAAUGCUGAUGCUCCAGAUACUCAACUAGUCUAAAGAAGGCCAGUUUUAUUGCUUCUUUAAUCAGAACAACAGUUUUCAGCUGUGCUAACAUAAUUGCAAAAGGGUUUACUAAUGAUCAAUUAGCCUUUUAAAAUGAUUAACUUGGAUUAGCUAACACAACGUGCCAUUGGAACACAGGAGCGAUGGUUGCUGAUGAUGGGCCUCUACGCCUAUGUAGAUAUUCCAUUAAAAAUCAGCCAUUUCCUGCUACAAUAGUCAUUUACAACAUUAACAAUGUCUACACUGUAUUCCUGAUCAAUUUGAUGUUAUUUUAAUGGACAAAAAGUUGCUUUUCUUUCAAAAUCAAGGACAUUUCUAAGUGACCUCAAACUUUUGAACGGUAGUGAAUAUUUAUACAUGUAAAUAUAUUUCAUGCUGAAACCCUCAUAUUAAACAUCAAUGGUAUUCACUAAAUUGAUUGUUUAUAUUUAGGAUAAUGUUUUACAGCUUAUAUUUGACAUGUGAUGAGGCUACACAGAGGGCCAGAGAUAAAUACAGACACCUGUGAUAAUCUGAGUAACCCAAAAGGGCCACCUGAUGUCUUGUGAAAAAUAUCAAAAUGUGGGUAGUUUACUAGUAAACUGAAGGUCUCCAGUAAUAUACCCUCUCUUUGCAGCCCUAAUUGAGACCCAUGCCAUGUUCCUCUGCAUUUGACCACAUUCAAACUGAUACCUGUCACAAAAAAGAACGUGAGUGAGAUGACGGUCACUCAACAGGAAUCAUACAUCAUUCCAUAAAGAAAUGAACUAUUUCGUUUUAAAACAGAAAAAAAUAGACAAUAUGUUGUCAAGUGUGAAAUGACUCAAUUUGGCUAUUUUAUGGAUAUUGUUAUUUCUAUUAUUGUUGCAAUUGUAAUUAUUUUAUUGUAAAAAAAAACGUGCUGCUCUUGUAAUGUUGACUGUACACCCAAGUGAAAUAAAAAUACAGCAUUGUAAUUUUAA